GGCAUGUCCUUACUUUGUUGUAAACAUCUGAGCUUUUGGAAUCCUCAAAAUGUGCGCUAGAACUUCUGGAAAGAAGAAAUCUGUGGCGAUGGUGAGCGAUCUGGAGAGUGUGGCCAAAGCUGGGCCAGCACGAAGCGCCGCCACGGGUCACUUUGAGCGAGAUGCGCAGAAUUGACAGACGCCACUUCAUCAUUUCCCUCACUUGAAUGUAUUUAUAUGCUCAUUUGAAUGUUGGACUUCCGACUUGUUUGAAAGCGAUUUCCUUUUGAACUAUGAGAAACCUCCGGUGGCCUGGUAGCUCUCUCGGGCGCGUAGCUCAUCGUACAAGAUGUGUGGGACAAGCCCCCGACCACUGGCGCUUUAAACGGCGGCCGGCGUGCUCCGACACCCACCCUACGUAAGUACGCAACUGAUUGGGAAAGUUUCCUUCAUUUAUGGGCUGUACACUUUUGCAUUAUUGUCCCCCCCCUCUUUUUUUUUUUACUUGGCCCACUUGAAAGAAUUUCAUUUCUGUUAUGUCUCGCUUUGAAUUAAUGUUUUGGAACAGGCCGGUGCAUAUUUUGUAUGUCCAUUGGAAGUCCGUCAUCGAAAUGUUGCUGUUGCGGUUUACAGUCGCGUCGGACAGCAAGCCGUCAUCUCGGCAACUGUCGGAUGGUUUUCAGGAUCCGACUCGGCCUUUCCGUCCGUCUGUUUUGUAGCUCGCCUCUCCUCGGGAGGGUCGCGGGCAUGCCGGAGCCUAUCUCGGAUGUCUUUGGGACAGCAGGCGGUGUACGCCCUCCGCCAGUUGACGGCCCAUCGCGGGGCACACGUAGACGAGCGCCGGUUGGCGCUUCCGGUAAGAUAAGAUAUCCUUUAUUCGUCCCACACGGGGGAAAUUUACAGCCUUCAGCAGCAAGAAUGUAUGUAGAAAGGAGAAAGAGAAAAAAAACAACAAACAUCUUUCAAUUAAAUACAAUAUGAACACAAAUGGAUACAUCGCAGUACUAUUUACAACCCGCCAUGCGUGAUUUUGCAACGCGGGAGGAAAGCGGAGUAGCCGAAGGCGAGCCACGCGCUGACUCCAAUAUAUAACAAAGUCAAAUGAAAGGCAUUUCAUCUGUAAGAAUGUAUCGAGGACCUUUUAUAUUCGGCAUUCUCAUCAGGAGCGCGAGCAUUCGAAUGGACUUAUAAAAGAAAGGAAGAUUCUUAUGGAAGAAAUGAACUGAGGACAACGCUCGUCUUUUGAGAAGUUAUUGAGCCGCAUGGUUUGCCCUUGACCAUAGUCCAGACUUGCUGGGUUCUGGUGGCGAUCAAAGCUCCAAGCCUUAAAUCGCAACACUAAUCCCUGCCGAGAGUAUUUUUAACUCUGUGUUGGGACAGAAAGAGCAGCGAUAAGAUUAGCGAAUCAGCGAAGCGACCGAAUCCCCGACUUGAUGCGGCUAAUCUCCUCGUGCGCCGAGACGCCGGCACCGAAGCUUCUUCAACCCGUAAGCGCCCGAUCCAUCGGUCGUCCGCCGCCAUGGAGGCUCUAAAACCCCGUCUGAAAGUGCUGAAGAAGCGGCGCUCCAGUCUUUUUGCCACCAUCCAACGGGAGAAGAGCUUCUCGCAAAGCAUCGAGGAGCAAGAGAGCGAAUUCCCUUUUUCUCAGGACAGUUCGGUGAAGCCGUGGACGUCCAUGGAAAACCUGGACGAUCGGAAAGCGCGGAGCGAAGAUCGCUCGCGACCGAGGAAAGCGAACGUCGUCAACCUCAACGUGGGUGGCAAGGUGUUCCACAUCCCCGAGCAUCUGGUCCUGCGACAUCCCAAAACCAGGAUCGGAAUCCUGGCCCUGUGCGAAGAUCCGGCCAAGCGUCUGACGCUGUGCGACGACUACAACGUGCUGAGCAACGAAUUCUUCUUUGACAGGGACCCGACGUUCUUCCACUACAUCUUCCACUACUACUGCAGCAACGUCUUGUGGGUGAUGGACAGCCUGUGCCCCGUCAACUUUGAGGAAGAGAUGGCCUUUUGGGGCAUGAAACUGAAGGACACCCCGAGGUGCUGCCGCAUUCUGUUUGAGGAGAAGGUGGACGACAUAAGGGACCAACUGAAGGUCAACCAGGAGCUGAUCGACGAGAUCAAGCCUCACCAGGACGACGAGGGCUACAAGAGCAUGUUUCUGGGCAACCUUCGGAAGAUCCUCUGGGACCUGAUGGAGAACCCGUACUCGUCCAUGUCGGCCAAAGCCUUUGCCGUCUUUUCCAGUCUCUUUGUGCUCAUCUCCAUCGUUUCCAUGACCAUGAACACGGUGGAAGAACUGCGGCGAUACAAACUGGCCGGCAAAACCUACAUGGAGUGGGUGGAGAUCGCCUCCAUUCUCUUCUUCACCCUGGAGUACUUCUUGCGCUUGCUCACCACGUCCGACGUCAAGCACUUUGUCAAGAGCGCGCUCAACUUCGUCGACGUGGUGGCCGUCAUGCCCUACUUCGUCCAGAUCGUCUUUGAGACCUUUGUGAUCGAUUCGGAGGACGUGAGCGCGCAGGAAGAUUUGAAGGCCAUGGCGAGGGUCAGCAAAGUCAGCAAGGUGCUCAAAGUCAUCAAGCUGAUGCGCAUCUUCCGCAUCCUCAAGUUGGCCCGACACUCCACGGGCAUGAGGGCCUUCGGCUUCACCAUCCGGCAGUGUUCCGAGCAGGUGUGUUGUCUGUUUCUCUUCAUCGCCAUGGGCAUCUUCACCUUCUCGGCUCUGAUGCAUUCGGUGGAGGUGGACCAGCCCGGAACGCCGUUCAGCAGCAUUCCCGAUGCCUGGUGGUGGGCGGCGGUGAGCAUCUCCACUGUAGGCUACGGAGACGUGGUCCCCAUCUCCUAUCUGGGGCGCUGCGUGGCCUUUGGCUGCAUUUCCUUUGGCAUCAUCCUCAACGGCAUGCCCAUCUCCAUUCUUUUCAACAAAUUUUCCGACUACUACGCCAAACUGAAGGAGCAAGAAUACACGUUUUCAAACACCGAGCGCACGUUCCAGCUAAGGAGACGUCUGCAGAACAAGUGUAACAGCUGCUUGCAACCCCAGGCUGAGGACUCGGACGAUGAGCUCCACUAUAGGCCCGGUGGAAGGCAGACUACUUUUGAGGGGGAAGAGUAAAGAAAAAAGAAAAUCACAAAACAGCCAGGGUGCAACCUCACGAACCUGAAAUGACCUUAAAUGCUUGCCACUCAAGUAGAAGGAUGCACUGUGAACAAUACAAAGGAAGUGAAGACAAUCACCAGACAAUACUGGUGCCAUGCUAGCUUACAAAAUGACAAAGAUGUUCAAAUGUGUAUUGAUGUAAAUAAUAAUGCUGAUAUAAAGAGGGAAGGCUAACUUAA